CCUAUGAAUUUUCUCAGACAGAGGUUUGCUAAGUAGAGAGUCAAUCAAAGAGCAGCUACGCGGAAGCGUGGCGCCGAUGCCGUAAUCUGCCUAGCAACCGUGAAGCCGGCUUUAAAGCGGUAACUUCGGGUGGGCCGAAGGUUUCUUCCCGCUCUGUCGGUGCAAAUAAAAAUAAGUACCGGCGGUGAACGAGUUGCUUAGCCCCCAGGGAAGGUCUCCGUUACCGAGGCCGGGAGUCCGGCACGGAAUCCUUACGGCCUCGUUCAUUGGAGGUGAGGAGCCCCGAGUUGAGAUUGGCACAAUGACGGACGAAGCUUGCCGAACCAGGAGUCAGAAGCGGGCACUAGAACGAGAGGUGACACAGAACGACGUGGACACUAAAAAGAUUAAGCUGGAAAAGGGAAUGUUGGAUAUAAAAGAAGAUGGGGAUCUUUUAUUAAAGACUGAGUCCAGUAAAUUACCAGGGUUACUGAAGAGUGCAGAAGUAAAAGCUACCAUUAAAUUGGAGUUGCCCGCAGGAGAUGAGCCAAUGGAUAUGAGCACAUCAAAAAGUGAUCUGAAGAGAGAAAAGAGGGUUCCUUCCCCAGAUGUUAUUGUACUGUCCGAUAAUGAGCCUUCCAGCCCACGGAUGAAUGGAUUAACAAAAGUUCCGAAAGAGCCCAGCUCUGAGACUUUCUUGCUAAUGCGGAAAAGUAGUCCAGAGGAGAGGGAGCGGAUGAUAAAGCAGCUUAAAGAAGAGUUACGGUUAGAAGAAGCUAAGUUGGUGCUCUUAAAGAAGCUUCGGCAAAGCCAGAUCCAAAAGGAUACUGCCCCUCAGAAGGUGACCUCCCGUAUUUCUGGCACGGUUAUUCCUCCUCCUUUGGUACGAGGUGGGCAGCAGGCACCAUCCAAGCAGUCAACACAGAUAGUGAUGCCUCCUCUAGUACGAGGGGCCCAGCCCAUCUCUGUCUCUCCUCAGCAGAUUCAUAACAUUAGACAGCAUCCAAGUACAGGGCCCCCUCCACUGCUUUUGGCACCACGGGCAUCUGUACCCAGCGUCCAGAUGCAGGGUCAGAGAAUCAUCCAGCAAGGCUUAAUCCGUGUGGCAAACGUUGCAAACACAAACCUGUUAGUCAACAUCCCACAGGCAUCUCCAACAUCUUUAAAAGGAUCAGCAGGUACAGCCACCAGCAUCUCAAGCGCCAACUCUAAUGACUCUCCUGCCAGCCGACAAGCAGCAGCCAAGCUGGCCCUCCGCAAACAGCUGGAGAAGACUUUGUUAGAAAUUCCUCCCCCUAAGCCACCAGCUCCAGAGCUCAACUUUCUGCCGAGUGCAGCUAACAACGAGUUCAUCUACCUAGUGGGAUUAGAGGAGGUUGUACAAAAUCUGCUAGAAUCUCAAGGUAAAAUUUCUCAAGCACCCUCAUCCCAUGAACCUUAUAUAUGUGCCCAGUGCAAGACUGACUUCACUAGCCGCUGGAGACAAGAGAAGAAUGGUACCAUCAUGUGUGAAGUUUGCAUGUCCUCUAACCAAAAGAAAACUCUUAAAGCUGAGCACACAAACCGACUGAAGGCUGCCUUUGUUAAGGCCCUGCAGCAGGAGCAGGAGAUUGAACAGAGGAUAUUACAACAGAGCUCCUCUCCUGCACAGUCUAAGGCAGAUCAUUCUGUGCAGCACCACUCCUUGAAACAGAGUCCUACCCCAAUAUCACGUGGACUAUCAGGGACCACACGAGGCAUCUUGCACACGUUCCCCCCUACGACCAAGCUGCCUAAUGCAGGCACUCUUGCUAAUCGGGCAGGAAAACCAGGAGAUCGUUCUCUGAACAAGAGUAACAUGACAGGAAACUGGAAGAAAAGCCCUAUCAAUGCAGGAGGAACUUUAGCUUUUGUAAACCCCGGCCUCGCCAUGCACAAAUCAGCAGCUGUGGACCGCCAACGGGAAUACCUCUUGGAUAUGAUUCCUUCUCGUUCAAUCACCCAAUCCUCUACAUGGAAAUAAUGAAUAACACCCUUGGGUGUGACCGAAAUACCAGGCAAAAUACGCAAACCUUAAGAACGUGUGAGAUACAAAAAAAAGACUGUUUUGUACACUGUCCUUCACUUGUGGCUUUUUGGUGAAGGAUAUUCCUGUCCUACAAACCCCCUCCUCUGAUCUUUGUGUACCACUAAUUCUUCUGUAGAUGGCAGGCUGAAUAGCAGCAUCUAAGAAGAGGUGCCUGGGGUACAGGGUUCUCAGUGGAGGAGCAUACAGGAAGAUUGUGACACCAUUUUUAUCUUUCAGAUCUGAUUGGACUGUCCAGCAACUUGAAAUCUCACAAUUAUUGUCAUAUAUAUAUUUUUGUUUUAUCCUACUUUUAUUUUUAAUGUUUCAGUUCUCGCACCCUCAAACAUUUCCUUCGGUUUCUCUGCUUCCAGGUGAAUGUUCCCAAAUUAAGUCACCAAAAAAUGUGCUUUAUCAUGCCGAAACACCUUCAGAGGUUUUUUGAAUUCUUCAUGUUCCUUGAGUGACUGAGGGUGUUACUGGAUUUUUUUUUUUUUUCUGCAUGGUUAAAUAAUCAGGUCCACUUCUGGUUCUGGAGCAAUCAGUCCAGACGGAACUAAAGCAUUUGUUGAUCACAACAAAUAUAGAUAAGAUAUAAAUAUAUAUAUAUGAAUAUAUGUAUGAAGUUUAUACCCCACACUAGCCCUUUGAACUUUGCAGACAAAUGGAUUGCUACACUUGCAGAAAGAUGUUACGGUCAAAAGAGGCCAUAAAUUAUUUCCUCUAAAACCCCUUUAGCUUGCUUUUUAUUGGACUGAAGUUUGUGAAGGGCUAGAGGACAUGGUGGUGGAGGGGAGCUAGUUCCCUGUUCAACUUUUUAUGCUGCAUUAAUUCAGAGUUCAGUUUUCACAAUCUCGUAACCUGUACAGAUCUGCCUGAUCCUUCCAAUGGCUUUGUAGAACAAUAUAUUGCUCCUCCUCUCAUAAUGGGAGACCAGCGCAAACAGUCUUCUAAUUAGCGCUCUCCUCCCCCCAGGCGAUAAACUGGGUAUCAUUGCACUCUCCUGUUCAUUUGCUUAAAAUCCUUUCUUUCUGCAAAGUUAUGUUGCUAUUUAAGGCUGUGGGAGGAAGAGGAUUGGAACAACAAUGACGGAAACAUACAUGUUAAAUCCUUUCCCUCUUACAAAAAAUAAUGUUCAUUUUAAUCCUUUCUGUUGUGUGGAUAUAAAUGUUUAGAUAAUUUUUGAUAUAUACAGUUGCUUAGGGUUUAGUGUUUUUUUUUUUCUCCUUCUCUCCUCCUCCUUAUUUGCUAGGGGGAGGCUUUAUUUUCUGUUGUAUAAAAAAAAAACAAAAAAAAAAAACCUAGAAUUUAAACUUGACUUUUUUGCGUGUAUGAUAAGUUAGAAGGGGUGAAAAUUAUAUAUUUUUUCCAUUCCAAAACAAGGAGGGCUAUUUCCAGGGGAAAGUGUAAAUGGCUGCAAUAAGUAUUUUUUAUCCUAGGAAUGCUGUGCAUGCUAUGGCAUCAACGCAUACCCCUAGAGCAAUCCCUGUUUUUAUUUGCCCUCAGUAAGGUACCCAGAAAUUGUAAUGGAUUUUGUAAUAUCUGUUAUCACAGUGUUUUGUGAAUUUCUGAGUGCUUUAUUGAAUUGUAGCUGGCCAUUAUUUUUUUGAAUUCAUGAACAUAUGUAUGCACAAGUGCAUUGCUAGUGGUACAUCUUGUUUCAUGCCUUCUUUGUAUGUAUUCAUAAAUAUUUAUGCCCUCAUAUUUGUAAAAUAACACAUUGUGGUCAGAGGACCUAUGGAGAGCUUCCAGGUAGCUGCAGCCAGCAACUUUUUCAGUCUUUUAAAGGCUGCUGGCUGCUUUUUUGUUUCCUUACCUUAUCCCUCGGGCCUGCAAGCUGAUUACAGAUUUUUUGUUUUGUUUUGUUUUUUUAAAUAAAGGUAAUUGCAGCAUCUUCAAAUCCCUUAACAUGUUUCUCUCCACCUCAUCACCUCUUUCAGGGAAGAGGACACAGUGCAUUUUUUUUUAUUGCACUUCUAGCUUUAGGGGUACAGCUAUUUAGACUCCUUGGGGGAAAAUAAUUGUGUGUGCCUGCUGGAGUGUGUGGGAGGCUGGUAUGCCCCAUCACUGAUAGAACUAGCCAUUUCUAUUUAAUCACACUGGCCAGAAAAAAAGCAUUUCUGAAUAAUAUUAAUAAAUAACUAAGCCAACUUAAA